GUACGAGAAGAGAUGUUGUGUCGCAAUGAAACAAUCGCUAGGAACAUCUCGGCAAAAACCUCUCGGUAAGAACCUCUCGUUAAGGGAAUCACAAUCGAAAUGUCUCGAGAGGUCCAAACAAUCGAAACGUUUCGAUUGUAACAUCUCGUAAUCGCGCAUCACUAGUUAUUUUCAUUCAGUUAUUCCCACCACUACCAUUGAACACACACGUGAGGAGCUCGUACCACAGGGGCACUGCACAAUUGAAUUUGGCUGUUGGAAGCAGAUCUGCAGAUACUGUCAAAGCAAGAAAGAAGCAGGAGAAGAAGUUUUGAUAUACAUCAGAUAAAGAAAAAUGACUAACAAAUUAACAAACCCAGUUGGAUAUUUACAAGAGUUUUGUCAAAGGUACAGGACAGCAAAAUUCCCAAAUUAUAUCGAACUACCAGCAGUGGGACCAGAUCACAGUCGAGAGUUCUCUUGCAAGUGUCUUUUUGAUGGAUUUGAAGUAUCCGGCAAAGGUAUUCAGAAAAAACAAGCAAAAUCAGAUGCGGCAAAAAAUAUGCUCCUUUUAUUGGAAGAAAAACAUUACUUUGAUAAGUUUGGUAUAAGUGAAACUGACAGUUGUUCGUCUACUGGAGUCCAACCAGCAGCUCAACAUAUUACAUCAUCCUCAAAAAAUCCAAUUUCAGCCUUGCAAGAAUAUUGUCAACAAAAUAAGUUAAUGUUACCAAAAUAUGUUGUAAACUCACUUUUGGAUGGUUUUAUAUGUGAAUGCUCAUUUGAUGGUUCAAAAACUUUCGGUGAAGGUUCUAAUAAAAAGACUGCAAAAACAGAAUCUGCAUCAAAAAUGUGCCGUAAUUUAGGAAUUUUGUUUUGUGGAGAUGGUUUGGAAAAAAACAUAAAAGAUGAAAGAUUUGUCAAACCAUCAGUUGAUGAUCUUCAAAGUUUCAAAGCUCUGGAAUCCUUAAGUCUUAAAGAUUCUGUUGUAGAAGGUGAAACCUUCACUGGGCAGCAAACGCUUGAAAUAACUAGCUCUGAGAAUGGAGCUGUUUGUUCUGCCUCUGACAGUAGUGAAAGGAAGUUGAGAGAAGACCAAGCUUCAGGCAGUCACAAUCCCCGAUUUGUCAAACCAUCAGUUGAUGAUCUUCAAAGUUUCAAAGCUCUGGAAUCCUUAAGUCUUGAAGAUUGUUCUAGUUGAGGUAUAUCAGGUAUUUGAAAAAUGUUUUACACAAUGUAUUCAGUGUGAUUUUUAUAAUAAUAAAAAUAAUGAUUAAUUA